AAUCUAUGCGGAUUACUUACACAAAAAAAACAAAAAAAAAAGAAGAAAAAAAGAGUUUGGUGGACACUUGUCGGUCAACUGCCGCUAAAAUCUCCUCCCACCGUUUUAAUCUCUCCUUUCCCUCAGAUUCGCCGCCCUGAAACUCAUUCACCAAACAGAGGAAAAUAGAGAGUGUAAAUCAGGGGAGAUAUGGAGACGGAGAUGGAAAACGGGAAUGUAUCUCAGAAGUGGUGCUUCAAAGGGAAUGAGUUAUUGGUGAAGUCAUCAGCGGUGAGCGUGAGAGGGGUUCUGAACAUGGUGGUGGGGAAUUUGAACCCAGAUGACCCCAGGACCGUAAUCCCAUUAGGCCAUGGUGACCCUUCUCCUUUCCCGUCUUUUAGAACUGCUGCUGAGGCUGAGAAUUCUGUUUCUGAAGCCCUUUACUCUGCUAAGUUCAAUGGUUAUGCCUCAACUGUUGGUAUUCUUCCUGCUAGGAAGGCAGUAGCAGAGCACCUCUCUUGUGAUCUACCAUACAAGUUAUCACCAGAUGAUGUUUAUUUAACAAGUGGAUGCGCCCAAGCAAUUGAAGUUAUUUUAACUGUCCUUGCUCGUCCUAAUGCCAACAUUCUUCUUCCAAAGCCUGGUUUUCCUCAUUAUGAGGCUCGAGCACUAUUCAGCAAUAUCCAGAUCCGUUACUUUGAUUUACUUCCCGAACAUGAUUGGGAAGUUGAUCUUGACGCAGUUGAAGCUUUAUCAGAUGAAAAUACCAUAGCAAUGGUCAUUAUAAAUCCUGGAAAUCCUUGUGGAAAUGUCUAUAAGGUUGAACAUUUGAAGAGGGUUGCUGAAACUGCAAGAAAGCUUGGGAUCUUAGUUAUAUCUGAUGAAGUGUAUUAUCAUCUCACCUUCGGAAGUAACCCAUUCGUGCCAAUGGGAGUUUUUGCAUCAAUUGCUCCAGUCAUUACCCUUGGGUCCAUAUCAAAAAGGUGGAUGGUUCCUGGUUGGAGACUUGGCUGGCUUGUCACAAAUGACCCCAAUAACAUUCUCAAGAAACAGGGGAUUGUUGAUUCUAUCAUUGGGUUUCUCAACAUUUCAACAGACCCUGCAACUUUCGUGCAGGGUGCGUUAAGUCAGAUUAUUGAAAAGACAAAAGCUGACUUCUUUGCAAAGAUUAAGGAUAUGCUUAGAGAAACUGCAGAAUUGUGUUACAGCAAAGUUAAAGAAAUCCCGUGCAUUACUUGUCCAAGCAGGCCUGAAGGAGGUUUGUUUGUCAUGGUGAGACUAAAUUUAUCCCUUCUGGAAAACAUCGAAGAUGAUGUCGACUUCUGCCUCAAGCUCGCUAAAGAGGAAUCUGUAAUAGUGCUGCCAGGAGUUGCUUUAGGAGUCAAGAAUUGGCUCCGAAUAACUUUUGCCGUCGAGCCAUCAUCUCUGGUUGAUGGACUCCACAGGAUGAAGGCUUUCUAUGAGAGGCAUGCCAAGAAACAAUAAGAAAGUUGUUUCCAUAUAGAAGCGGCCAUAUAUAGGUGUACUUGUCCUUACAUCAUCCUUCAUUCAGGGCAACGCUAUCAAUGGUGUGGUUUUCAACUAUGCGUUGGAUAUCAUGCAUGCUUCAUUUGUACUCUUCAAUAAUGUAAAUUUCUUUCCGGCCAAUUUCCUCAUCUCUGUGAGGAAACAGAACGGAAUCAUGAUAUUGCUGAUAUAAACUGUCUUCAAUGGAAAAUCUUGGCUACUUAAUUUUGUCUUGGUUUGUCUUUCUGUUCUUACACCAUUAAGGCUGCAAGCUUAGGACCUGCUUGCAUCAUUGUCGGGUUAUUAUGUCUAGUUUUGGAGUAUGUAUACUAAGUACUCCUUCC